AUGGCGACCAGGCAAGCCAAUCUUAACCAACCUAGCACGGUAGCUGUUAUAGGUGCUGGUAGCUCUGGCUUGUCGAUGCUCAAGACCCUCCGCGAAAACGGGUUCAAAGUGACAUGCUACGAACGGAGGUCGCAAGUUGGAGGCUUAUGGGCGUGGUCUGACAAGAAGGAUGUUACUACAGCGCUAAAGACUACCACGGCAAAUAUCAGCAAAUACACAUGUGGGAUGUCGGAUUUCCCUAUGCCAGAGGAAUACCCUCCACAUUUGACACAAGCACAGUUCCAGUCUUUUAUGCAAUCAUAUGCCGAGCACUUCAACCUGCUCCCAGACAUUGUGUUUGACGCAAAGCUCGAGCAAGUAUACAGGAACGAGACAGAUUCAAAAUGGCUUCUGCAGUUGAACAUCAACGGAAAGCCUCGUAUUGAGGAAUAUGACAAAGUCGCUUUUACGCAUGGAUACCAGACAAAAGCGAAAGUGCCACAGUUCGCUGGUCAAGAGAAGUUCGAGGGUGUCCUGAUUCAUGCACAGGAAUUCAAGUCUCCAGAGCAGUUUCGAGACAAGAAGGUCAUUGUAGUUGGAAUCGGAAGCACAGCUGGGGAUAUCAUCGAAACACUAUUGCCAGUAGCUUCGAAAAUCUACGUAUCACACAGACGCGGCACUGCAAUUAUAAGCAGGUGGCGAGGCGACAAACCUACAGACCUCCUUGUAUCGUGGAGACGUCGCCAGAUAUCCCAAUUCCUAACGAGGAACUUCCCCAAAACGAUGAGGUGGUUGUCUGUUGCAGGAACAGAAUGGCUAAUGAAAUCUAGAUGGGGUAAGCUGGAGCCGGAAUGGAACCUUUUGCCAUUCCCAUCUCCAUUACUGGUGCUUCCCAGUGCCUCAGAGACCGUCAUCCCAGCGCUGCAAAAUGGUUCAUUGACCUCACUACGUGGAUUGAAGGGAUUCGUUGGCCCGAAAUCUAUAGAGCUGAUCGAUGGCACUGUUAUUCAUGAAGUUGAUGCUGUGAUUUGUGCUACGGGAUACACAGCCGAUUUCACUGUUGCGCGAUUCAUUGAGACAAGCCAACCUGCUGGACCCGAAGGGCCAAGUGUGAGACGAUUGUGGAAAAACAUCUUUCCGCCAAAAUAUGCGAAUUCAAUCGCGAUGCUCUGUUACUCAGCUUAUGGCAAGAAUAACGGCUUCUCCUUCUGCGAUGUCUCCUCAAUGGCUAUUAGCAACAUCUGGCGGGAUGUCCAUCCAUUACCGACACAGGAACAAAUGGAAAAGGAAAUCGAUGAGCAUCAUAGAUGGAUCGUCUCGAACUGGGAAUUGGAUCAUAACAUCGAUUCAUCAAUGGUCAAGUCAUGGGAAUACCAGAGCUUUGUGCACGACGCCGCAGGGACCGGUAUGGAGAAUCUUGGAUGGGGCUGGAAAGGGUGGAAAUUCUUUUUCAAAGAUCCGAAAAUGUCGUACCUGAUGAAUAAUGGGGUCGAGACUGCUCAUGCUUUUCGUUAUUUUGAGACGGGCAAGAGGAAAGUCUGGCCGGGGGCGCGCGAGGCCAUCAUUCAUGCGAACAAAGUCACGAAGCUGUAA